CUCAGCUUUGUCAGCCAGGCGAAUGGCUGUCCUUGUUACACACCCACAUUCUCCGAACCACACCAACUUCUUAUUUCUCUCUCCCUCCCUCUCUCUCCUUACUACAAUGGCAACUCUGCAUUCUCUUACUUUCUCUUCCCCUGUCUCUCGCUGUCCACACCGACCUCGCUCUGUUCCAGGCAUGGCAUCUAGCAUAGUCCAUCAGAGCACACGCUCCCAAUUCAUUGGCCAGCCUUUGUACCUGCUCCGUUCAAGUUGGGCCUCUCAAAGACAAAAUUCUCAGAUUUCUAGGUUCAGGAUAAUGAUGGUUAAACCAACAAUUCAGUUCAUUCAGGGAACUGAUGAACAGACAAUACCAGAUGUGAGGCUAACCAAAUCGAGGGAUGGCACUAAUGGUAUGGCUAUAUUCAGCUUUGAACAACCCUCUGUUUUUGACUCAUCUGGUGAAGUUGGAGAUAUCACAGGUUUCUACAUGAUAGAUGAGGAAGGGGUUCUUAAUUCAGUUGAUGUCAGUGCAAAGUUCGUCAAUGGGAAGCCUGCAAGGAUUGAAGCAAAGUAUGUCAUGCGAACUCCACGAGAGUGGGAUAGGUUCAUGAGAUUCAUGGAGCGAUAUGCCAAUGUGAAUGGCUUGCAGUUCAUCAAAAAAUGAGGCAAUGUGUAUCUCUUACCCCUCCAUUUUGUCUCGUCUGACACCAUUCUUUUUUAGGUCAAAUGGAAUUGUAUAACUUGAGAAACUAUGUUGAUUCCCAUGUCAAACUGAUGCAAGUACACUUUACGUCCUUCUCAUUUGGAUUUCUCUUUGAUUUUGAGGUGAUAUUGAAUUCACUUUCUUUGGGUGGUCAAACACUUUACAUGUGAUUGCUUAGGAGUCAUGGACUUGUCUAUGUCGUAUGUAAAGGGGAAAAAACAGAAAAGCAUGGCCUAGACAGCGUAAUGCACAUUGAAAGACUGACCUAGUUUACAAUAGUGUACAUGGAGUAUUGGCCCGAGGGCAUUUACUGAAAUUCUUCAAGUCAUUGUUCUUCACAGUUCGUGUAUGUCUUUGAAAUUUUAGAAUGAUUAGAUUUUUGUAAUUGUUUUGUAUUUUUCAUGUAUUCUUCCCACAAAGUUUAGUUAAAUUUCAAUGAAAUGAUAGCGUUCC